AAUAUAUAGCACGCGCCUGGCGUUCGAUAACUAUUGUAGCGAAAGAAUUAAAGUCGUCAACGACGCGCAACAUUUUUCAUAUACGUUAUAGACUGCUGGGAGUGCACGAUGAAAAUCUUCGUAUUCAUUUUUGCUGUUCUCAUUGGCGUUUAUUGUUUCGACAGCAUGCCUAUGGAGGCUGAAGGAAAUUACCAGGUUGAAAUUCCAUUUAGUUAUGAAAAGUUUAUUGAGAUGGCAACAAUGUGUGGAAACUAUGUAAAUGAGGAGUUCGGCGCAAACUGUUACGACGAUGAUACACCCUGUGGGCAGACGUGCCGUAAUAGAUGGUACCAUUGGGCGAUCAAGGCCAAGUGCACAAAGGUGUGCGGUAACGGCUGUAGAUGCAAGGACGGUUACGCACGGAACUAUUACAAACAGUGCGUCCAACCAUGGACCGAAUGUUAAAUACAUUUUCCGAAAGAUCUCUAACUCUACAAAUUAAGACGUGAAAGACGAGCUUGGACAGAGCCAUACAGCGAUCACAAGGAAAGGAACGGAUAAAACGGCUGUUGCAACGAUUUACAUUCGUCGAUCUUUUAAUGGACUUUAAAGGCCACUUGCUUAUGCCAUGUACCGUAUAAUUAAACUUGAAUGUGAUUAUAUAUAUGAACAUAUAUAGAAUCAGGUGAUUCAAAGCAAGUGAAUCUUUUCAAUGUUCCGAAAUAAAAACGAUUACGAGACAAUUUCGCGAUAUAACUUAAUUUGUAUAAAUUAUGCAUUUCUCAAACGCGUUUGCGCGCAUUGACGAUGAUGCACUUGGAAGGCAAGUAGUAUUGAACACUUUAUUGAACACUUGAAACAAGAACGUUUUAAUGCAAAGGUCCGUUGCAACCAAGAUUAAUUAUACUGACUGUUAUAUAUCGUCGCUGUUUCUCUGUGAUAUAUAUGUAUAUGUAGUCACUUUAUCUCCAUAGCCCGUACUUUGGGUAGUCGACCGACUGAUAUGAGAAACGUCGAAACACUCACAGUUUCAGUGUUGAUCUAUUUUGAUGUAUGAUAAAUAAUUUUAUAUUACAGUCGGAAAUUCUAUUUGUCAGAUAUUAUAUAUAUCUUAUUUUUGUUUUAAAUAAUUUGAAAUAAGUUUGAUUUUAACAUGAAUCGUGUUAAUGUAUAAUAAAAACAUAGUUAUUAAUCAAACUAUACAUACAAUUAUGACUAUUAUAAUAAUUUGUUAAAUUUUGUCGAUACCUGAAGAA